UCUAAACACGUUUGUAUUUGUUUUGAUUUUGAUCGCGGAUGUCUGUUCCAUAAAUAUAAUAUAUAUUUAUUAAAACUGUGUUACAUUUAUUCAUCUUUAUUAAAAUGGGAAGCUCUGUAAAUAUAUGGAAAUUGUGUCUAUUCCAAAGGAAACAUUUUUCUGUCUCUCAAUAUAAUAUUUUACCUUCCCGGCUUUUGGGCACAUCUACCUCAAAUUUCGCUACCGAAAAAGUUGAAACUGAAAUUUCUCCUGUCGAUGAUGCUUUGGAAGAUCUACGAAAACCAGAACUGAGUGAGCAAGAGAUAUUACAGAAACGUUUUAAAGCGCGUUUACCUGAAAGAAUAUACAGAAAACACAUAUUGAAAGAACCUGUGCCUAUAGAAAGCAAGUAUGAUUAUCAACGAUACCGUUUGCGAGGUUAUUACGCUAGAUUUGGCCAAGAAAGCAAAUUGAAUCCUGGAAUAUGCUGGCCUACUAGAGAAGAAAUGUUAGAAACUAUGAAGUAUGAUGAAAUAUUCGAACCAUCUUUGCAAGAAAGGAUUCAAAAUGUAGAAUCAAAAAGAUUAGAAGAAGAGAAACGCAAGAAAGAAGUUGAAGACGAAGUAGAUAAGAAUAUGGCCAAUUUAGAUAAAUGGAUAUCUGACUAUUAUGCCAAAAUAGAAAGGAAAGAAAAGAAAACAGAAGAACUAAAACAGCAACGAGAACGAUUAGUUGAAGAAAUUAGUGAAUAUCUUGGAUAUGAUAUUGAUCCCAGAGAUCCUAGGUUCAAAGAAGCUGUAGAACAGAGAGACAAAGAGAAAAAGAAAGCUAUGAAAUUGAAGAAACAGCAAGAAAGUUAUGAUAAAAUGAUUGAAAAGCUUAGAAAAAUUGCUGAGUCAAAAUAAGUAUUGUAUAUUAAAAAAUUCAAUGAAUUUAUUAUUCUGUAUUAGUUUUUUUUUUUUUUUCAAAGAACUGUGAAUCAAACUUUGGUAUUCCCAACAUGUAUUGCUUUUGAUCAUUAAUUAAUGACCAAAAAUUAGAAGCAGUGUUUUUUUUUUUUUUUGUUUUUUUUUUAAUGCUUGGUGGAAUGACUGACUGUAUUUUCUUAUUAAAAAAAACCUGUCACUUUAUAUACUAAUCACUCUAAUUUGGAAUGAAAUAGUAUGAUUAUAAAUGUGUUAUAAAUAUUUAUUUCAUACCUGAAAUAGAAAUAAAGCAAUUUUAAUGUACUAUAGUUACGUUGGUUACUAUAGAUGCCGAAGAUGCUUAACUUGUUUCAUUACUUCUGCUUUACUUUUCAUCAAAUUUCAAAAUAUCUUUUAUAAAAUAUAAUUUAGUGUGUUUGUAAACAUCAGUUAAAAGUUAUAAAUAAUUCAUAGUUAUAUGUCUAAAUUACCAUGGUUUUUUCCAUCUUUUCCAUAAAUGUGUAAAUGAUAUAAGUAUAAUGUUUCUAAUAAAUGGAAAAAUUGUAUGAAAUCUUAAAUAAAUACUGCAAUAAGAAAAUUCUAAAAUGUCAUAAAAAUUUAUUCCCAUUAUGAAAAUUUAUUGUUUUAUGUAUAUUAAAGUGAAAUAAAUUAGAGCCUCAGUCUAGAUGCUGACAGAAGGAAAUGGGCAUCCUUUCAGCACUGUUGUUCAAUUGUUCAGCAUCAAUAAUAUCUGAUCAAUUUGUCGCUUGCAGUAAUGGCAACACCGAGAAAGAAAACUUACUAAUAAAAAGUGUUAUAAUUUGGAAAUGUAAUCCUGCGCUAAAAUACGAUCACUAUAUUCUGUGUAUAGUAAAAGAUAGGGAAGAGAAUACUUCAGUAGCCAGCUUAUAAAAAUUAAAAUUUUAUUGUGGUUUUUUUUUUGUAAUUAAUAGUUAUGAAAUAUUAAAAAAGAAAUAGAAUCUUUUUUUUUUUUUAAGUGAGGGUCGAGAGAAAAAAAUAACAUUUUGGUGAACCUAGUACAUUUAAUCAAUUAACUUUAACCUCCUGCUGUUAGUGUUUAGUUAAAUACAAUGUAUAAUCAUUUUAGAAUGAAUCAUCAGUGCAUUUAUAUUUUAUUGGAAUACAUAUAUUUUGAGGAGUUUUAGGAAUCGAGAUGAUUCUGAACAAUGUGUAAAUUAAAACACAAGAUUUUGUUAU